CAAACUCAGAUUUCGAGAAAAGUACAAUUUAAAAUCGCUCAAAAAACCAAAUCUCGCCUCUAUAACCCGUUUAAAACGAUCAACGAAACGUUUUCCUUUAUCAAGCUAUUGAACUUCUCGUUUCGCCUCCAUUUCUCCUACCCUCUAUAAACGAGCAUUCCUUCGACCCGUCAACAAACGCAAUUUAUAGUACAUGUAACACUCUCACAUCAACACAAAACACGAAAUUAUCAACAGUUUCAGGCAGCUGGAGUAGUUACUACGAAGAUAAGACUUAGUCGUAAAAGUGAACAGCGCUCACGUCUUCACACACCCACACCCACCUUCCAAAUUCAAUUAACUGCCAUAUUGGCGAGGAAUUUGUUUUUUCGUCUCAAUGCUUUCUCGUUUCUGUAAUACAGGAUGGAGAGUUUUGUUAUUUGCUAAAUCUACUCAUACAGGAAGUACUACUAGUUGUAACCGUCGUUUUCUAAGUCAGUCAUCGCGACUUAAUUACCGCAAACCCUUUUCUGCAAGCUUAAUUAGAGGAGAAAGGGACAAGAAGCAGCCAGAGGGCUUCCCCGAAAAAGAUGAUCAUGAGAAACACGUAAAUAGUGAAGAGAAUGAUAAAUCUAACGAACAACCAAUUCGGAAAACAGAAGAGACAGCCUCGUCUCAAAACGAUACGACCCCACAGGAUGGGGAGGAGGAUGGAGAAGCUUCUGCUGGCUCAAUUCCGGAAGUCUAUCCUCAAUUGAUGGUGUUACCAAUUAUGCGGAGACCAUUGUUUCCAGGUUUCUAUAAAGCUGUCGUUACCAAAAAUCCCGUUGUUUCAGCAGCUAUAAAAGAACUUGUCAAGAAGCGGCAACCGUACAUCGGUGCGUUUUUGCUUCGAGAUGAAGAUAAAGACACCGAUGUCAUUACAGACAUAAAACAAGUUUAUCCUGUCGGUGUAUUCGCCCAAAUCACUAGCAUCUUUCCAGCGAAAAACGCCGGUGAAAAUGCGUUAACUGCGGUCUUGUAUCCACAUAGACGCAUCCGAAUUACUGAACUUAUCCCGCCAAAGUCAACCCAGGAAGCCGUAAAGGCUAAUGUCAAAGAUAUAGAGAACGAACAGCAAGAAGAAACGAAAGAGGAAGAGGAACCCGAACAGCCGCAUCAAUCUGCUGAAGAUUCGACGGCACUUCUUCCAAAUAAGGAUGAACAGUCAUUGCUUGUGCCAGAUGAAAACACACCGGGUGGCACUCCGCCUUCAACGUCUUCGUCUGUUCCAAAAAACGAUUAUUUACCGCUGCAGAACGCUUCAGCAAUCCUAAAGAAUUUCAAUGUCUCGUUGGUUAAGGUUCAGAAUAUUCCAAAAGAACCUUACGAUCGUCAAGAUCCUGUUAUCAAGGCUGUGACUUCUGAAAUUGUUAAUGUGUUUAAGGACAUUGCGAACUUGAACCCACUUUUCCGUGAUCAAAUCGCCAACUUCUCUAUAUCUCAAUCUACUGGUAACGUAUUUGAUGAGCCAGAAAAGCUUGCGGACUUUGCCGCUGCUGUAUCCUCCGGUGAGCUUGACGAGCUGCAGCAAGUUUUGGAAGCUAGUAACGUCGCUGAUCGCCUGCAAAAAGCUCUUUUUGUGUUAAAGAAAGAACUCUUUAACGCACAGCUUCAGAGUAAGAUUAGCAAAGACGUUGACCAAAAAAUCAAUCAACGACAAAAGGAGUUUUAUCUUAUGGAACAAUUGAAGGGAAUCAAGCGGGAACUCGGCUUGGAAACUGAUGGAAAAGAGGCUCUGGUUACAAAGUUUCGGGAACGCACAAAAGAUUUGCGAAUGCCCCCUGAAGUAGAGAAGGUUUUUAAUGAAGAGCUUAGUAAGUUCCAGCAUUUGGAGCCUGUUGCCUCUGAGUUCAAUGUUACACGAAACUACUUGGACUGGCUCACUGAACUUCCUUGGGGACGAAAAACUACGGAAAACUUCAACUUGGAAAGGGCGCGCACUAUAUUGGAUGAGGACCACUUUGGCCUGAAGGAUGUGAAGGACAGGAUUUUGGAACUCGUUGCGGUCGGAAAAUUACGUGGCACAAUGCAAGGCAAGAUUAUCUGUCUUGUAGGCCCCCCUGGUGUCGGCAAAACAUCAAUUGGUCGUUCCAUUGCUCGUUCACUUAACAGGGAAUUUUACCGUUUCAGUGUUGGAGGUCUUACGGAUGUUGCCGAAAUCAAGGGUCACCGAAGAACUUAUGUCGGUGCUAUGCCAGGUAAAGUUAUUCAGGCAUUGAAGAAGGUGCAGACUGAGAACCCUCUAAUUCUUAUUGAUGAAAUUGACAAGGUGGGUAAAAGUCACCAAGGUGACCCUGCAAGUGCUCUUCUUGAACUUCUAGAUCCCGAGCAGAAUUCUGCCUUCGUUGACCACUACAUGGAUGUGCCGGUUAAUUUAUCUUCUGUACUUUUCGUCUGUACAGCAAAUACCUUGGACACCAUCCCAGCUCCUUUGUUGGACCGUAUGGAAGUGAUCGAACUUUCAGGUUAUGUUCUUGAUGAGAAGAUUAAUAUCGCAAAGGGCUAUUUAAUUCCUCAAGCUAAGGAGGCCUGUGGUCUGAAAGACACGAACAUAAACAUCACCGAUGGCGCUAUCAAAGGACUUAUUCGUUAUUAUUGUCAUGAAAGUGGUGUUCGUAACUUGAAGAAACAAAUCGAGAAGAUUUUUCGGAAAAUGUCAUUUAAUAUCGUGAAGAAGAUGGGUGAAGAAAAAUUACCUGAAGAAGCAGGCGUAACAAAAGAGGGAAGUGAAGCCUUGGAAGCACAAUCAGAGCAAGUAUCUGAACAUGCUACUUCUUUUAAGCCUCGUGUGCCUAUCAAAAUUCCGGAGGUAAUAAAUUUAACAAUUACGGAUAAUGACUUGAAAGACUAUUUGGGCCCUGCUACCUUUUUGUCUGACAGACUCUACGAUAUAACGCCCGCAGGAGUUGUUAUGGGUCUUGCGUGGACACGCUUGGGAGGUGCUACCCUGUAUGUGGAGUCUAUCGUGAAGAACAAGCUUACUUCUUCAUCACAGCCGUCAUUAGAACGAACGGGCCAAUUGGGAGAUGUGAUGAAGGAAUCGUCUCUUUUGGCUUAUUCUUAUGUUCGAAGUCUCGUGGCAAAGCGGUUCCCUGACAAUCAAUUUUUCCAAAAAGCCCAAAUUCAUCUUCAUUGUCCUGAAGGAGCGGUACCUAAGGACGGACCUUCUGCGGGUAUCACAAUGGCGACAUCGUUAUUGUCGUUAGCUCUUAAUAUGCCAGUGGCUCCUGAUAUUGCCAUGACAGGCGAGCUCACACUUACCGGUAGAAUUCUUCGGAUUGGUGGACUUCGUGAAAAGGCCGUAGCCGCUAAGUUGUCCAAUGUCAAGAAGAUUAUAUUUCCAAAAGAUAAUCUUUCAGAUUGGGAAGAAUUACCACCUUAUGUCAAGGUAGGUCUUGAGGGAUAUCCUGUGGAAUGGUAUGAACAAAUGUUUGACAUUGUUUUCCCAACUGCGACGUAUGAGAAAUGCAAUUCAUUAUGGCCUGAAUUGCUGAAGGAAGAUACGGUUCAGAAAUCAUCUCGUGUUACUGCAGUUGUGAACUAAUUCCUCAAACGAACCAGUUUUGUAAAGUAGCCAAUUAAGUUUAAUUUAACGGCGUUAUGACUUUUACGAUCAUAUAAGUGUGUAGUUUACUUUUCCUUUCUUUUAUGUGUAGUCUUGCUUUUUUUAUAUUAAUGACGAUGAAGAUAUGCAGAGAA